GAAAACAAUUGCUAGUUCUUCAUUUUUGGAUCCAGUUUAACCUUCAAACUACCCCCAGGAGAAAUGGCAGGAGAUGGGACAGUCCAAAGAUGGGACCACACUCAAAUCACCCUUCAGAAUUUCUCUUACAUGUGGACCAUCAGCAACUUCCAUUCUAUUGUGGAGGAAAGGCUAGGAAGCCUUAGAAGCCCAACUUUUUCAAUAGAAGCCAAUGACAAAUGGUGUUUGACAGUACACCCUAACGGACUCGAUGAAGUAAGUGCAGAUUACCUGUCAGUUAAUCUAGUUUUGCUCAGCUGUCUAAAGAGUCAUGUUUGGGCAAAGUUCCAGUUCUGGAUCAUAAGCGACAAAGGAGAGAAAAAGCAAACCAGGACGAGCCUAAAAGCUUUUAGGUUUGUGCCAGGCCUUGGUUACGGAUUCAAAAAGUACAUCCUAUGAGAUUUCCUCCUGUCCCAUGCACCUCGUCUUCUCCCACAAGAUCAGCUGAACCUCCUGUGCAUGGUGAGUGUGGUCAAAGACUCCUUCAGCAUCUCUGACCAGAACAGGAAGACAGGGAUUCAAGUUCCAAGAUGCACAUUGGCAGAUGAGCUAGGAGAGCUGUGGGAGAAUUCCCGAUUCACAGACUGCUGCCUGGUGGUAGCUGGCCAGGAAUUUCAGGCUCCCAAGGCCAUCUUAGCAGCUCGCUCUCCAGUUUUCAGAGCCAUGUUUCAACAUGACAUGGAGGAGAGCAGAAAGAAUCGUGUUGAGAUCCCUGACCUGGAGCCACAAGUCUUCAAGGCAAUGAUGAACUUCAUUUACACAGGAACAGCACCAGACCUGGACAGCAUGGCAGAUGCUCUGCUGGCAGCUGCUGACAAGUAUGGCCUGAAGCGUUUGAAGGUCAUGUGUGAGGAUGCCCUCUGCAGGGACCUCUCUGAGGAGAAUGCUGCCCACACUCUCUUCCUGGCUGACCUCCACAGCUCAGGGCAGCUGAAAACUCAGGCACUGGAUUUCAUUACAGCUCAUGCUUCUGAGGUCUCUGAGACCUCAGGCUGGAAGGCAAUGGUGGGCUCAUAUCCCCAUUUAGUGGCUGAAGCACAAUGUUACCUGGCUUUUGCUCAUCUCCCUUACCUGAAGCCCCCUUUCAAAUGCUUGAAGCAAUCCUAGGACUUGGUCAGCUGUGACCUACAAUUGUCUCCCUGAAGCAGCAGAUGGUGUUGUUACCAAUGACACCUGGCUAGACUAUGGGAUGUAUGAAGCAUUUCCAGUGAAACUAGGAAAAGUCAGCAUGGUGGCUCAGGCUUUAAUACAGCUGAAAAUGAGGUGAUUGUCAGGUUCAGGGAGGGGAAGUGCUGAGCUAUGUUGUAUACACUACCCUGUUACUGUACUGGUUUGAUUUUUCUCUCCAAUGCGUUGGGAACUGGAAUACAUUUUAGUUGCGGUCCCAAGCACAUUACAACAGGGUUUCUUUGGAGCAACUUGUCUGUAUUGGACUGAGCAGAAAAUAUUGUGAAGGACUCAGAAAGAAGAAAAUAAACGUGACUAUUUGGUUACAAGAGAAGGGGAAGAGAAUUAAGGCAUUUUUCUCCAAACUCAGUUUGUGGGACUGGAGAGAUAUCUCAGUUGGCUAAAGCAAUUGUUGUUCUUGCACAGGA